GUCAGCAUCAUAGCGCCUCGUCGUUAUGGUAACACUGAUGGACUUUACCCACCAACUUCGGCACCAUUGGCCCUUGCCUCGGUCAAGAGUUGGCUGGAGCUUUGUCCACCCUUCGAGUGGCGCUCUCCGAAACAGUUGAUGAUGCAGGUCGAGACCGGCCACCUUGUGGAACCGGUCGUUGAGGCGACUGUCGACUUGAGAACGACUUCAAGACUUGCCGACACGAAGGAAGCCAAAUUCGAGCCGAUCAGUCGACGAGACGAAGCUGACCUACGAUUAGCUUCCAAACGCCGCAUGGCCUGGGCCGAAAAAAUUGGCUGUGUGGUGACGUCGACAUUGAUGGUACCGGCAUCUUCGACAGUGGUACCGGCAAAAACGUCGAUGACAGCAACGAUGGAGAAGAAGAAGGCAAACAGAACCUUGCGCCUUGAUACCUCGACGUCGGUUAAGAUGGCAGUUGGAGGUACUCUUCGUCAGGGGUCGGCCAGCGGCAGAACUACGAUAGAGAGUGAGUCGGAGCUUCUCGAUGGGGCAAGCAUGUAUGGGCCAAUAACUUUGAAUAUGCUACUUAUAUUUUGUGUAAGUAGUAAGUAG